GUGGAAAUAGGGGAAGGGGUCAGAUUUAUCCUGAUGGUAGCAAAAGUAACAAUACAGUUUAUAAUGCUACGGCAGGAGGGAUAAUAAGCAAAAUUUUACGAAAAGAAAAAGGGGGAUACGAAAUAACCAUAGUGGAUGCAUCGAAAGAACGCCAAGUAAUUGAUAUUAUCCCUCGAGGCCUAGAACUUCUUGUUUCAGAGGGCGAAUCCAUUAAACUCGAUCAACCAUUAACGAGUAAUCCUAAUGUGGGUGGAUUUGGUCAAGGGGAUGCGGAAAUA